AUGUCCACUGGCAAUAUCGAUACCGAGGCAAGGUCACAUCAUGUCUCUGGAUACCCGUCUCUUGCCAACUUCAUCGCAAGCGAUCGUGAUCGAACGACCCUCAUAUUCAAGCGAUACGAUGAGCUCGCAGCAAGGAACCUGCUGUACCUACAGAGUGAGCUCGCCGAACUCCAGGCAAAACAACGCGCUUUUGAUCAAGAGGACUUGACAGCAAAUCUAAGCAUAAAGCAAUGUGCUCGCAACUAUUCAGACUUUGAGAAGGCAGUGAAGGCAGACGAAGCCAAACAAAAGGAUCGAUGGAAGUUGAUGAAAGACAUCCGAGAGACCUUGAAAGAGUAUCGAGAGGCACUGCUGUUCGAAAGCACAUUAGCAACAUUUCCAAGACCACCCAAAGGUGUUCUACGCGCUUUCCAAAUGGAGUUUUACAACCAGAGUGACGGCAAAGGAGAACCGUUUCCUACCCUUGGAGGACAUAGUGCCGGGAUAUAUGACGAUAUUGAUGACUUGGUCGCUUUGCGGGUACAAGACGAUCAGGAUCGGUUAACGACGUUCGCGCAAGAGCAUCUAGCUUUUCUAUUCCCGAUUGCUGAGCAAGGCAAGACAGGAUGUAUAUUGGGGAACGAGUCUGUCAAGCAGCUUGGAGGGCAGAAGGCACCAUACAUGCCUCGAGAGUAG